GGUGGGGGCAGGGAGCCAAGGGACCGCAGGGGGUGAUGGGGUCUUUGAGUUUCUGCAUGUGCCCUCCAUCGUCUCCUCACUCUAAGCCUCAUCUCACUGAUCUUUCAUGGCCACCGCUAAUGCAAGCCGAACAACGUCUUCUGAAUUGGACUGAGAAAAUCCUUUUGCACGCUGUUGCAGGCGUUCUAUCCUUUGGCUUCUCCUCCAAUUCAGUGGCAGUUGCAGUGGAAGCAGCAGCAGGAUUACCUUCUCACUCUGCCACUGCUCCGGAUUGCCGUGAAUCAGAAGAAGGUGGAGAUGAAGAGAGAGAAUUUCCCCCGGAGCUUGUUCCGAACCGAAGGAUUGGGGAGGAAGCUUGGCAAAUCGUAAAUGAUAGCUUCUUUGAUGCUCAUCUCCACAGCUGGUCUACCAAAAAAUGGCUGUUGCUUUAUUUCACAAAAAUCAAGGAGAGAUUCUUUCUGGCUCCAUUGACACAAGAUCUCAAGCUCAUGAUAUUAUUAGAAGGAUGUUAGCUAGCUUGGCUGACCCAUAUACUCGGUUUCUAACGCCAUCGGAGUUCUCAAAGAUGGCUAGGUAUGAUAUUACUGGAGUUGGAAUGAAUCUUAGAAAAGUUCCUAAUGACGAUGGUUCCGCCAAAUUAAAGAUCUUAGGCAUUGUUCUAGGUGGGCCUGCUCAUUCUGCGGGUGUGAGACAGGCUGGCAUUGAAGUUGCUAAACGCUUUUUAAAUCAAGGAGAGACGGUGAUAUAUACAUUUGGGAGGGAUCCACAGUUGCAAAGAAGUAUCACGACUGAAACUGCACCUCUAAUAUCUGCUCCUGUAAUGGCCCCGAAGACCGAUCCAAUGCCAAUCAGCAGUGUGGCAACGGCACUCCAUGAUAAUUGCAGAGCAGUGCUUGUAGGGGAGAAAACUUUUGGCACGGGACUGAUCCAAUCGGUAUUUGAACACGAUGAUAGAUCUGGUGUGGUUGUGACAAUUGGGAAGUACGUCACACCAAGUCACAUGGAUAUCAAUGGGAAUGGCAUAGAGCCUGAUUUCACACGUAGACCAGGUGAUAUUUUUCAUAAUUAUAUGCAUUAACAGAUUUGACGUUGACUUUCGGAGCUCAUUGCUGAAGCGAACCACCUCAGUGCCGGAGCGCAUGAUCCACUGUCAAAGCGCACAUACGCAGUGCUGGAGCACUGUGACUCCAGAUUACACUGUUAAAGCACACUUACACGGUGCCGGAGCACAUGAUCUACUAUCGGAGAGCACAUAAACAGUGCCAGAGCGCUGUGGUGUUGCGCUGUCGGAGCACACUUACAUAGUGCCGGAGUGCAUAAUCCACUACCGGAGCGCACAUAGAUAGUGUCGGAGCGUUGUGACUCAAGAGUGUUGCACUUCCGGAGCACACUUACACAGUGCCGGAGUGCAUCAUCUACUGCCGGAGCUCACAUACAUAGUGACGGAGUACACAUACACAGUGUCGGAGCGCACUUACACAGUGUUGAAGCACAACAUCUACGACCGGAGCGUACAUACACAGUGCUAGAGUGCACAUACAUAGUGUUAGAGUGUUGUGACUCCAGAUUUCACUUCCGGAGUGCACUUACUAGAUUUCACUUUCGGAGUGCACUUACACAGUGCCGGAGCGCAUUUACAUAGAGGAGAGAGAGACGUGGGUAAGGUAAAAUCCCAAGUUGCGUAUUGCUGGAGCGUAGAAUAAUGCUGUCGGAGCGCUUUCUAAUGAUUGCCAGAUCAGAAUAGGCAUUGCUGUAGCGCUGUGGCUCCAAAAGGUGCACCAUCGGAGUGCUUUCAUCUACCGCAGGAGCGCUGAAAACCUUGCCGGAGCACCCUAAUGCACUACCCGGGCGCCCUAAUGCACUACCGAAGCGCUACGGCUCCAGCGACCCUAUUGUCAGAGCGAAAUGUCUCCAAAAGGUGUACUGCCGGAGCGAGAUCACGUAAUGCCAGAGUAAAUUUGUCUACUGCCGGAGCGCUGUGGCUCCAGAAGGUGUACUACUGGAGCGAAUGUUUGUAUCGUCGGAGAGCAUUUUUGUACCACCGGAGCGACGUAAUCAACCGCCAGAGUGCCCUAGCUCCAGAAGGUCUACUGCCGGAGCGAGUUUUCAUAUCGUCAGAGCACGUUAUCUUCAUUGUUGAAGAGAGAGAGAGAAAAGGCAUGUGAAAAAGGGUAUUUUAGAUUUUUGUUUUAUUUCUUUUUGGGUUAGGGGGUUUUUGGGAAGAUAAGUUGUUAAUGGAAAAAAUGUGAGAGAAUAAAGUUGGAUGGGGGUAAGUUGAAUAGGUAGUGUACAUUGGGGGGUUUUUAUAAUUUUCCCUAUAAAGAACAAUGAAUGAAUUAUAUCCAAGUUA